AAACUAAUUAAAAAUGCAAACAUAGAGUUGAAAAUUACAAGAAUAUCAAUGUACGUUUACGUUUACUUAAUUUGAGAUGUACAAAACAUAAAUCACAAAACAUAAAUCCAAACAAUGAUAUACAUGAACGUUUAAACCAUACUUCGAUCCGGUUCGAUCUGAUAUCGGUUCUCAUUUUAUGAGAAUCGGUCAUGACAUGGUUUGAAACCGAUACGAUCCGAUUCGAUGCAAUAAUUUCGAAAUCCAUUUCAAACCCAGUUUCUUGGUUCGAUACCAUACCGAUUUGGUUCGGUACCAUGCCGGUUCGAUAUUUUUGUCACCCGACCACCCGUAACUCAGAAAUUCAGAAUGGGACCAUAACAAUGUCGCAAAACCAAACGCUGCCCUAAACAGAAUCGCCGAGACGCCCAUGCCGUCAAUACCGUCAAUCUAUAAAAUCUCCAAAUCUCAAUACACGUUUGCGUGAUCAAUCGAUUCGAUCUAAAAUCUUCUCCGUGAAACCUUUACUGCAAUGGCCGGAAAUGCUAACCUUAAUUCGAGGCCCACGGUGUACCUACAAGACGCCAACGAGGUUGAGAGAGUGUUCGAGAAGUUCGAUGCGAACGGAGACGGUAAGAUCUCAGCGGAGGAGCUUUCGGGCGUUAUGAAGGACCUGGGAUCAUCCAUCUCGUCGGAGGAACUGAAACAGAUGAUGGAUGAAAUCGACACCGACAAGGACGGAUUUAUCAAUCUACAGGAGUUCGCCGAUUUCUGCAAGGGAGAUGGAGACGGCGACGGUGACGGAGGCUUAAAGGAGCUCCGCGAGGCCUUCGAUUUCUACGACGCAGACCAAGACGGCUUGAUCUCCGUCGCUGAGCUGAAAAGUAUCCUCAGCCGCCUGGGCAUGGGUUGUAGCGCCGAGGAUUGCUCCAAUAUGAUCAAAUCCGUGGAUUCCGACGAAGACGGCAGCGUUAACUUCACGGAGUUCAAGAAGAUGAUGACGAACAAGCAGUAGCCGUCGAUUCGACAGAUUGUUAGUUACGGAGUGCGGACGUCCGUUAUCACUUCUGCCUUAGAAUAUUAUCAAGGAGUAAUUAAUAGAGUACAAUAAUAAGAAGAAUAUAUUUACCGAGUAUUUUAAUACACUACACUUUUUUUUACUGUGAAACCACCUAUUGCUAGAGUAAGCAUUGGGAAAUAUUUACCUUAUUUAUUAAAAUAACAGUUGUGAGUAUAGAAAAAAUGAGUUUUUUUUCGGAUUAAUGCGAAUUAAUUAAAUAUUU